AUGCUUUCUGACAAUCAACAUGAUAUAAAGAACAAGCACAAACAUUUGUCUUUCCUUAGUAACCCUAAUGAUCCUUCUGUUGAAGACGGAUAUGAAGCUCUAAUUCAAGAGUGGAAAACUCAAUUGGUUAAUCAACAACUGACUGCACCUCCAAGUUAUGAUUAUGUCAGAUUAACAUGGAUGAGGCUGAUGGACCAUUAUCUGGACCAACAUUGGCUCGAUUCUAAACAAAUGCUUCAAUGUGCUCAAGUAUGGAGCACCCGUGAUUCUAUUCAUAUUUCAGAAGCUGUCUAUACAAUGAACAUACUUGGCUUAAAAUUCAUGAAAAGAUCACUUGAUGCACGUAAAGAAUUACUUCAAGCCUUAGGUGACCCCAUAUUCAUGUCUACCUUAGGCGUUCUUCCGAUUAAGAAUAUAAAUCUGGAUACAAGCUUGGCUUCAACGUGCUUUUAUGCUGAAGAAGAAGAAGAAGAUGAAGGUCCUGAGGUACAUGCACCACUUUUCAUGAAUCAUGAGAGUCAAAAGAAUGAUGAUUUCAAUUUGGAAAGGUAUAGCAGUAUGAAUCAUAUAAAUGACAUACCUAUUGAAAAAAUGGACGAAGGUAUUGUUCAUCAGGUUCAGGAAGAAAAUGAUAAUGAAGCCAUUGAUUUAUAUGCAUAUGAUGAUAGUCAUGUAAAAGAAGAAGAAGAAGAUGAAGACGAAAUAGGUAAUAUGAGGCAGGCCUAUGACUCAUCUUUCAUGAAUCACUUUGGCUUAACCUUUUCUCGUUCUACGCCUAAUAUAUCAACCAAGAUAAAUGAAGAUGGCUCAUCUUCUCAAUAUAACAAACUUUUCCGUAAAUAUGAAAGCUGCCAUCAACAACUAUAUAAACUUUCUUCAUGGAAAGACAUUGAAUUAAACGUAGGAGAAAAUAAUGUAUUAGAUAAUCAAAGCAUUUGCAGUAGCAUCCAUCCUAAUUAUGAGUCCUGUUCACCUAUGAUUAGUAACUGUACUGAAUGGAAGAGCUGGUUUACAAAUCAACAAGAAGGUGAAUUUUACAAUCCAGAAGAACAACGCUAUCCACUAGAGCCAUCAUCAAUUAAAUCUAACCCUAUUCUGCUAUUAAAAGAAGAAUUUGCUAAUGAAAAAGUAGAAACAGAUGAAUCGUUCUCAAAUUUAUACUUUUCUAGUAAUAGUCAAAAAGCUUCAUGUGCAAAUACAGAAAUAAGCCCGACUUCCUUCAUGGUAAGAAGUGAAUCAAAUAUCUCUACUUUUAGACCUAUCAGUAAUAACCUGGCUCCUCGUUGUCAUCAACUCAUGCCAACUCCAAUUCCAAACAGUAUGAUAAAACGAUCAUCUUCCUAUUUUGAUACCUCCAAAGAUAAUCGACCUAUAUUAUCAGAUUCUAAUGAAUGUAUUCACACUAUCUGUAGCAGAAGAGCUACUAUUACUAAGAGUAAAUCCUUUCCAUCAAAAAUCACUUCUACAUCAGUUUCCAUUAAAAAGCCUUAUUCUGAUGCUUCUAUUCCUCAAAAAGAACGCAAUUUUACGAUACGAUCUAUUGUCAAUAAAAAAGUAUCUUUUUCCAGGCUAUUCAGUAGUAAAAAAAGCUCUUCUUCAUCGUUAAAUACAACAGCUCAUUAA